UGCGCGAGGGGCGGUUUUUUUUAGAUGGAUUUUGAUGGACCUCGGAAUGGACCAAUGACAAGAGGCGGUGGGUGGAGGUUGCGCGGCUACGUCAAGACGCUGAAGCGGAGCCCCGCCUCCCGCUGGGUCGGCGUUUCGCGGACGUUCUGUCCCCGUCCAGCUGUUUCAAUCAUGGCAGCAAUCCUCAGAGCAGCUUUCAGGCACAAGCUCACUCCAUCCUUGGGACGGAUGUGCUACUCAUCAUCUCCACCUACAACAAAAUUAUUUAUUGAUGGGAAGUUUAUUGAAUCAAAUACCUCUGAAUGGCUUGACAUCCACAACCCUGCAACGAAUGAAGUGAUUGGCAAAGUCCCAAAGGCCACUCAGGAGGAGAUGCUUGCAGCUGUGAAUUCCUGUCAGCGAGCUUAUGUUUCAUGGUCAGAAACAUCAGUACUGACCCGGCAGCAGAUUUUCCUGAAGUACCAGCAACUCAUCAAAGAAAACCUGGGAGAAAUUGCAAAGCUUAUUACAAAAGAACAGGGAAAAACCUUGGCAGAUGCUGAAGGGGAUGUUUUCAGGGGCUUGCAGGUUGUUGAGCAUACUUGCAGUAUCACGUCUCUCAUGCUUGGUGAGACCCUGCCCUCCAUCACCAAAGACAUGGACACGUUCACAUACCGUUUACCAUUAGGAGUGUGUGCUGGCAUCACUCCCUUUAACUUCCCAGCCAUGAUUCCACUGUGGAUGUUCCCUAUGGCUUUGGUCUGCGGAAACACCUAUCUGCUUAAGCCAUCAGAGCGUGUACCUGGAGCUGCUAUGUUGUUGGCCAAGAUAUUCCAAGAUGCAGGAGCUCCAGACGGCACACUUAAUAUUAUCCAUGGUCAACAUGACGCUGUGAACUUUAUUUGUGAUCACCCGGCUAUCAAGGCUAUCAGCUUUGUGGGGUCCAAUCAGGCUGGCGAGUACAUCUACACAAGGGGCUCCAAAAACGGCAAGAGAGUACAGUCCAACAUGGGUGCUAAGAACCAUGGGGUGGUGAUGCCUGAUGCCAACAAGGAGAACACUUUAAAUCAGCUAGUUGGUGCAGCUUUUGGAGCAGCUGGGCAGCGUUGUAUGGCCCUGUCUACUGCUGUCCUGGUUGGGGAAGCUAAAACCUGGCUGCCUGAACUGGUGGAAAAGUCAAAGAAAUUGAGAGUCAAUGCAGGUGACCAGCCAGGUGCAGACCUUGGCCCUCUCAUCUCCCCUCAGGCAAAGGCCCGGGUGUGUGACCUGGUCCAGGGUGGGUUGAGCGAGGGUGCUAAACUGCUGCUGGAUGGACGGGCUAUCCAGGUGAAAGGAUAUGAAAAUGGCAACUUUGUAGGACCCACCAUCCUUACUGGAGUCAAGCCUCAUAUGAAAUGCUACACUGAGGAGAUCUUUGGACCAGUCUUGGUUGUCCUUGAGGUAGACACACUAGAUGAAGCAGUUGAUAUCAUCAACCAGAAUCCAUAUGGAAAUGGCACUGCCAUCUUCACCACCAAUGGUGCCACAGCUCGUAAAUACACGCACCAAGUUGACGUUGGGCAGAUUGGAGUGAAUGUGCCUAUCCCAGUUCCGCUGCCCAUGUUCUCAUUCACUGGAUCAAGGGGCUCAUUCAGAGGUGACACCAAUUUUUAUGGCAAACAGGGCAUUCAGUUUUACACUCAGAUAAAGACUGUAACCUCACAGUGGAAGGAAGAAGAUUCAACUUUAUCCAGCCCAGCUGUUGUCAUGCCAACAAUGGGACGCUAAGUUCAUGUUCCUGAAAUGGCAAGCUGCAUGUUCAGCACACUCCUUUGUCUUGACUUUCCUAUCUGACCGGAUGUAAGUGGGUGGGGAAGGUGCAGCUUAACCCUGGGCAAUAGUAAGAGGCAUGUACAGGAAUGGAAAGGGGUGGGAAACUAAUCACUUGAAUACCCUGGCAACUUUGAACAUCCCUGCUCUGUGUUUCUGAUCUGCUGCUGCAAAAAAAUUAAUUUCUAAUCAGACAACACAUCUGUUCAUAAAUGGAGCAAAAUGCUAAACAGAAAAAAGAUAUCAUUCUCUUCCCUGUCUAAUUUGAGCUUUUGUUUGCUUAGUUUACUCUCUCAAGAAGUGAUUAAAACAUGUACGUGAAAGUACCUGAUCUUUGCAGCUUGUUGGGAAUGUAACUGAAGUGGCCGAUUAAUUAUGUAUUCUGCAAUUCUAUGGGCAUUGUAAUGAUUAUUUUAACUUUGUUAUUAGUCAUUAUAUAAGACCAUAAGAUUCAUGAGCAGAAUUAGGCCAUUUGGCCCAUUGAGUCUGCUCCGCCACUUUAUCAUAGCUGAUUCAUUUACACUCUCAGCCCCAAUCUCCUGCAUUCUUCCUGUAUCCCUUUAUGCCCUGACUAAUCAAGAAUCUAUCAACCUCUGCCUUAAAUAUACCCGAUUACUUGGCCUCUACAGCCACCUGUGGCAAUGAGUUCCACAGAUUCACCACUCUGGCUAAAGAAAUUCCUCAUCUCUGUUCUAAAAGGAUGUUCUUGUAGUUCCAGUACAUGGAAAGGAAACCAUAUAGCAAUUGUUAGUAAAAGCAAAUGUGACUAAGAUUCUUUUCUAUAUAAAAUGUACUCUUAUGGUUAUGAAAAUGUGAUUUAGUUUUAACCAUGGUGCUUUAUAUGCCAAUAACCUUUAAGAAAAUGAUUAAUUUUGGGAGAGAGUUUCAGACAAGUACACUCUGGCAAAGUUAGAUGAAAUUGAGUUGUUGCAGUGGCUCAGGUCAGUCCCUUGACUGGUGAGAUACUGCGAAAGACAGGUCAAAACAAACUGAAACUGACAUUUGAAGAACCAUGUCCUGCUCUGGGCAAGCAGCAGAGCCACAGUUACUGUGGCAUUGACAAGGUUCUGUCUUGUGAAUGGUGUGCAGCAGUUUCUGCUGGAGAGGUUGAUAGCAAAUUCUGAUCAUGUAGCACCUAACUGGAUAAUCACUAAGCAAAGCUAACCUGCUGCUCUGUCCCGCCCACAGUUCAAACUGCUACAGCCUAGUUCACAUUUCAUUUAGGACUAAUUCUCCAUUUCUUAUCAUUGUCAUUGCCUGCUGCUGAGUGUAGGGUAGUGUAGGGAAGGUGGAAUCAAUGAGCCCUCAUUCCAACAAAAUGGCAAUCUUCAGAACAAACAUGGAUGACAUUCAUGCAGAAACAAUGUUGUAAAAAGACUUUUAAUUCUAAACUGUUUUUAAACAUUUUUUAUUUGCAGCCCUGUUCAUAGUCUGGCUCAACAACCAACAAUUGACUUGAAUAUCACAGAUCUCCAAAAAAAAACUGAUGAUAAAUUGGUCUUCCUCAUGUCCAGUUGAGGUGACAAUAUUGUGUGCAACUGGCAUGUUAAUGGGUGGUACUUUCUGUUGUAUAACCAAUGUUCUGGUAUCUUUACAGACAAUGUGAUUUUUGUACUCAAGUUUUGAAUUCAUGUGGACAAUAAAUCUGACUUCAGUGCUGUGAGGUAUAGUUCAUCUAGGCAGAUACAACAGAAGAUUAGUUAGUUAUGCAUUAUCACCCUCAAGGUUGGGUGGGCGAGGAUGUACAUGGGGACUACUGUAUUUAAUCGUGUGGAAUAUACUUGAUGUGGGUUGACAAAAUAAAAACAUUGCAUCUUCUUUGUAA